GCAGUGGCGGGGCUGGGCAGCCGGGCCGCUCAAGCGCGUGAGCGCGCAGACCGCGAGCCCCCGGCGCGCCCCCGGCGGCCGGGGCCGCAGCGUGCUCGCCCCCGCCGCCAGCUCGCCUCACUUAUGGGUCGGAAGCGCUGCGUGGGGGAGACUGUUCCAAGAUGGCGGCGGGUUGCUGUGGGGUGAAGAAGCAGAAACUGUCCAGUUCGCCCCCCUCCGGCUCGGGUGGCGGUGGUGGCGCCUCCUCCUCCUCCCACUGCAGCGGGGAGAGCCAGUGCCGAGCCGGAGAGCUGGGACUAGGAGGCGCCGGGACGCGGCUCAACGGACUGGGCGGGCUGAGCGGCGGCGGCGGCGGCGGCGGCGGCGGCGGCUGUCCCCUCUCUCCCCCUCAGGGCUGCGGCGGCGGCGGCGGCAGCGGCAGCGGCAGCGGGGGCAUCUCGCUGUCUCCACCUCUGAGCUGCGGAGUGGGAACCCUACUUUCUACUCCGGCCGCCGCCACCGCCUCCUCGCCAUCCUCCUCGUCUUCAUCCCCCGGCUCCCGGAAGAUGGUGGUGUCAGCGGAGAUGUGCUGCUUUUGCUUCGAUGUGCUCUACUGUCACCUGUACGGAUACCAGCAGCCCCGGACCCCCCGCUUCACCAACGAGCCCUACCCACUGUUUGUAACAUGGAAGAUUGGUCGAGACAAAAGACUGCGAGGAUGCAUAGGUACCUUUUCUGCCAUGAAUUUGCAUUCAGGACUCAGGGAGUACACACUUACCAGUGCCCUUAAAGACAGCCGUUUUCCACCAAUGACAAGGGAUGAGCUGCCAAGGCUUUUCUGCUCGGUGUCUCUGCUCACUAACUUUGAAGAUGUUUGCGACUAUUUGGACUGGGAGGUGGGUGUGCAUGGCAUUAGAAUAGAAUUCAUCAAUGAAAAAGGAUCAAAACGCACCGCCACCUACCUACCAGAGGUUGCAAAGGAGCAAGGAUGGGACCAUAUUCAGACCAUAGACUCGUUACUGAGAAAAGGAGGAUACAAAGCUCCAAUUACUAAUGAAUUCAGAAAAACCAUAAAGCUGACCAGGUACCGUAGUGAAAAGAUGACCUUGAGUUAUGCUGAAUACCUUGCUCAUCGCCAGCAUCAUCAUUUCCAAAAUGGCAUCGGGCAUCCCCUUCCACCAUACAACCAUUAUUCCUGACACUGAGCCGCACAACCAGUCACUGGGCCUCUCUGCAGACCUCUUCCCAGGAGACCCUACACCUUCUUGGUCUAGCUAUCUCUUUUACUGUACCAUUUUAUGAUGAUAGUUUCCGUUGCCAUGGUGAAGCUUCAACAUUGUUAGUUAAGACCAUCAUGGUAACGGGUAGGACAAUGGAAUUUGUUAAGAAGAUCCUGUUUUAUUAUUUUAGAUCACUGAUUUUUUUUUUGCAGCACAUUCAGCUUUUGGGGUUUUCUUUCCUUACAAUAUUAGGACUAUUUUUUGCUUUGCUAUCUCAGACAGGUUUCUGUCUUUGUUCCUUUUUUCCUUCCUCCUUCUUUCUUUUGACUGUGGAUGGAAGACAGUAUGCAGUUUUUGAGGAUUUAUUAGGUUUGUCUUUAGGAUUCUUCAGUAAGAUAGUCAUUUUUUGAUAGCUGAGUUGGGGAUUAAUUCAUAACAAAUUCAGGUAUUUGUAUAUUACUCUUGAAUUUGCCUAAAAUUCUAUUUGCUAUGACAGUUUAUUAUGUGGGUCAAGUACACAUUUUUCCCAUGGUUAAAAUAAGUGAGCUUUAGAUUAAGUAAUGAACAUUCAGAGGUCCAUGAUAGGGCUUAUCACAGAGAGCAAGAAACUGUUUAUGCCUUCUGUGCUGGUUAUUGUAGAAGAGACUGCCUCAUGUUAUAGAACCAAUUCACAACCUAAACACUGUUUAGAAAAGCAUAAGCUACCUUUCAAAUGGGCUGCAGAAAUCAUUUUGAAAGGCAGCAUAUAUUGGGAAGAGAUCAGAUGCAGAAUUUAGUGCCUUUGAGAAGACUAUAAUUAAGUCAAAUUAAGAGGGGUUUAAAAAGGCAAUUUAGAGAAAUAUUCUUAUAACAUUUUAUUGUUUCUAUAGAAGAAACAACAGAUUACACAAAUUCCUUACUCCAAAGUAUUUUUUUAGCUGAAAAAUUAUUUUGAGCAAAUAACCAAAAAGACAUUUGUCUAUUUUGUAUUAAUUUAAAUUUGUUAGCUUUAGGUUUCAAUGAGUCAUAAUUGGCCAGAGACAACUUUAGCUACUAAGAUAUGAUAAAGAUAAUCUAGUGAAACAAAAGCUCAUACAGACUAUGAUUUCAAAUUUGUCUAUCACAGAGACAAUGCUGAGUUUUAGAGAUACUACAAAGUGUUUGAAUCUCUUUCUGCACUACAGCCUUUUGAUAGAAACACAUUUUUGUGUUGACAGAUAAUAUGUUAGACCUGUAAAGAUGGCAUUCAGAUAUGUUAACUAGAGCCCAGCUCAUUUGCAGGGCUAUUCUCCCAUGGCACAAUCAAAGAGAACUUGCUGAUGUUAAUGGGAAACCCUUAUGUUUAUCCCCAGGAAAACCCAUGAUGAUUCUGGCAAAAGAUGACCUUUGUUUUAUGGUAGUAUAUAUAUAUAUAGGUAUAUAUAUAUAUAUAUAGAUAUAUAUAUAUUUGGGAAAUAUAUAAUUUUUUUCAAACAGGAAGUCAUUGGAACAAGUGGUGAGUGAAAUGCUGCAGAAUGUAUAUUCUACAACUAUGACAUACCGCUGAUUAUUGAAAUAGUCAAGCUUAUACAAUUAAUUGCUGUGACAAGUAACAGACUGGUAGUUCAGAAAACCCUUGUCUAGUUUGUAAUUGGCUGAAUUCAUUCUCCUUGCCAUCAGGGCAGAGUACACAGCUUCAGUUUUUGGUGAGAGUUCUUUGAAGUUUGGUAUUUCUUCAUCCACAGAAUCCAUUGCUGAUGUAACCAUUUUCAGUUAUGAUGCCUUAACUAAGAAGCCAAUUGCUAGCCUGAAAGGCAGUCUCAGUAGCCAGUUCCAUUGAAUACAGAGAAAACAAGCUGCUGAGCUUUAGAAUGGGCUUCUAAGUCCUGUUGUUUCUACGUGGACACAUUUUUGAGGUAGAUUAGUCUUUCAGUAUAAAAGCAAGUGGCUACCUGACAUUUUCUUGCCCAUAUAAGGGAAAGUGAGCACAAGCUGAACGGUAUUGUCUGCUACAAAAAAAGAGAGAGACAGAGAUACAGAGACAGAGAAACAGAUAGAGACAAGGAAAGAAAAAGGGAAAGAAAAAAGUAAAUGUAACAUAGAAACUGAAGAGAGACAGACUAGACCAAUAUUGUUGUAAAGUCCAGCUAAUCCAUCAUCUCAUCAUUUCAAAGCUCCUCAUCCUGGGUGAGCUUACGGCUAGUUUUUUGUUGUUGUUUUUAAAGAAAAGAUCUAUCAUACAUAUAUGCAUGUAUGUGUCCAUAUACUUAUACAUGCAUACAUGCAUAUGUGUGUGUUUAUGUAUUUAACGGUGCUAAUCAAUCUUGAGCAGGUCACGUGACUGGUCAUGCGGACUCUAAAAUCAUAUCAGAUUUUUUUAAAAAAUCCUUGAUAUAUGCAGAUAUUAUACAGAUUUUCUUACCGGUGUAAUAAUGUUAUACUGAAGAAUAACCAUCCUGCAGGCUUCAAAGGACGAGGUCAGCAAUAUUUCCCACCAUGGCUUGGGGGAAAAGGAUAGUUUUGUCUCCUUUUGUAUUCAAGUUGAUGCACAGUGCAUUUUUUGUGUCUAAGUAGCUGUUGACUAAAAGACUUUGUAGUGUAAAGGGUGUUAUACAAACUAUAAUGGUGUGCUUCAAACAAACCAAUGCUAGGCCCUUUCACUCUUGUUGUAUAUGACAAAGCUGUUACAUAUGUGGUUUGAAAUAACUUUGAACAUGUGGAAAUAUGUAGCAUGUGUCAUUAACUCAGACAAAGAUUCUAAUUGCACAAGUUGUGUUCUAGCCAGUUGUGGUUUAUUUGUUCAGAAACACAAAUGUGAAUUGUACUCUUUAUCACCAGAAUAUUGUAUGAGUUCCGUGAUCUUUAAACAGCUCAGAAGGAAUACUUGAACUUCAUUUGAGUAGCACAAAGUUUACAGAGCCCCCUUUUAAAUGUUAAUUAGUUCCAGUUAAGUUUGCCUUUCUGUUUCUUUUUUCUUUUUUUCAAUGCAACUGGGUAUUUUCUUGGAAAACAUGUGUAUUUUAUUUUUGGUAUGUAGCAAAAGGCUUCCACUUCUGGAAGGUUUUAUUGUUCUUAAACAAGGUCAGCCAGGUACCAGAUUCUAAAAGAACAAUUGCCCACCCCCCUCAAGUGGCCUUCUAAUUGCACGAAUGUGCUACUACCCUCUCCAAUCCCCCCUAUCCUGAGGAGGUCAGUGAAAGUGAUGGAGGAAGUGCAAGGCUUGCUCCCCCCCACACCCUACCCCUCACCUAGGAUGUCCUCUCCAAUGCAAAUGGUUCCAUUGCACACACACAGCACACCGCAAGUUUGUAUACUGGCCUCUUUUCCUGUCUUCAAAUGUGCAAGAAUUUGAAACUGUCAUCUGGAAUAGGUUCCAUCUCUUAUGUGUGUUAGAUCAAACCAAAGAAGCCCCCAGCCAUGACCAAAUGCUGCUCCAAAAGCCUGCCUUCCAGUCCUUACAAAAACCUUGCAGGAUUAAAUGUGUUAACUUUUUUAUUUUUGUACAGUUUCUAAGUGAUUUUUUGCUAGUGACGUUAAACUGAAUUAAGUUUAUUUGAGGAGUGUGAGCACCUCCUCCAUUUAAAUAAACUGGUGACUUUCCUUUGAUUUUUUACAAGUGGAAACCCAUUGUGUGCCUCUCGAUUUAAGGGUUUCUGAUUACAUUACUCUUAAGACCAGCAUUGAUCCUUUAUAUACAAAGAUAUGUUUUCCUUGUUUUUUAUUACUGUUUCAGAAGAAAAUGAACCUUUUAUUUUGCUCCAGACCCAGUAACUGCGCUGGUACUUAGACGCACUGAGAAAAACAAAACAAACAAACAAGAAAUACUUUUGUAAGCACCUCUGACCACUUUUGUAUAUCAAAGUUGAUUACUUUUGAGAUAUUUGGAUCUAGUUUCUAAGUUAUUUUAGUGUUUUAUAUGUUUCCCAAAAUUCCUUUGAAUCGGUCACCAGCAUAAAGAGUUUUUGGUGAUGCAAUGGUAAGACUUGUAACAAGCAAAAAGCUACCUGGAGUAGCUCUCCCUCCCUUCUUAGUAACCUGGUGUUUUGAUUACAGUGAGACAUCACGGAUUAUCUAAAAACCCCUUCGUUAUAAUCAGGUCCUUCCUCCUUCCACACUGAAUUGCUUACUAGUUUGAAGAAGUUAUUGGAAGUGGGCAUUUUAUACGAUGUAUAUGGCUUUAAAAUAUUAAAAAUGAACAAAAAAGACAAAAAUAUGAAAAGGUUUAUGUGGGUCUGUAAGGUAUGGCUGUGGAAAGACAUUGUAGUAGUUUUGACACUAUUGUUAUUACCUUUAAAAUCAUUUACCCAAUAAAAUGUUAAAACCGAA